GGACGACCAAAAAAACGAUCUGGAUGUGGAGAUCCUGAUGCUAGGAAAAAUACGGUGAAUCGGUGGAUCCAAUUGGAAUUGCAGUCCCCCCGCCCCGAUACAAAAAAACGAGAAGAAAUGUAAAUGAUCAUAGCAAAACCAGAAGCGCCUCUGCUCCGCAAAGUUCAGUCCACUGUUGUUGAAGGUCGAAAACCGCCGGCUUACGCGCUUUUUGCCGAUCUAUCUUUCUUGUGUAAACAACUUCAGCAUGAUUUCAAUCCUGAUUUCAAUUUGUCAAACUUCCAGCAGCGGCAGAUGGGUGGAAACGCAGAUGCAUAUUGAGUUGUACGCAGCAGGACAAGUUGUGUUUAUAUAUACAAUACAUAGUUUAAUACCUCUUCAAAAAUUUCAUACCGUCGCAAACACAACCGAUAGAAACAAAUCAAACUGAAACACGACCGAAGAGAAAGCAAAGCAGCGCUCGUCGUCCUUAACGACCUCACAGGAACAUACCGGAAGUACUUGUUUACUAGAUUUCUUUUGCGCGUCGUCGAAAAGAAAAAAUGCAGCCGGCUACUUCUAACACACCCGCAAGCGACGUCGAUGAGCCCAAAACCGUAUAUAUCGACGGUAAGAUGGUUGAGGUGACGCCCGUGCCGGGGUCGGAUGGGCAAAAAGUGACCAUCAACGGGCAGGAAUUUGAUAUCCGGGACAUACACAACGACACUGCGACGGCGGCGACCGCGUUCUUUCCGCACAACGACGAAGAGAUUUCCGUGGAAGAAACCUUCGAGGAGUGCUUCAUCAAUGACUGCCGCUUUGGCGAGCUCGAGGACGUGAAGCAAACGCUUGUGGAAAACCCAGACAAAACCAUCCACAGGCACCUGGUGAACGCGCAGAACGAGAAAAAGCAAACUGCGUUGAUGAUGGCGGCCAGCAACGGGCACGCGGACAUUGUGGACCUUCUGCUGCAAAUCGACGGGAUCGACCUCACCUUGCAGAACGAGGAAGGCAGCACGGCCCUGCACUGGGCCGCAUUCAUGGGGCGGAAACAGAUCUGCGCGAAAAUUUGCGCGCGCCUGCCCAAGAUAAAGGACCUCACACCUAGUACAACAGGAGCCGGGGCGGGCGACGAAAAUGAGGAGGACGAAGACGAGAAAGAGGUGUUGCAAAACGUGGCGAAUUUGUUUAACAACCGGAACAAAAAACCCUUCGAUGUCGCAUUUGAGAAAAACUACACCGGGGUGUGCGAAGUCCUGGCAGAGUACACAAACUUCAAAUACUGCAGCCCCGAACCCGACGAGGAAACAGACAAAAACUACAGAAUUACACCCGGCAUGGGCGGUAGUGGUACUGGCGGGAAUAAUAUUAACGCGGGUGCUGGGGGUGCGUGAUUUGUUUUCCUGUGUUGAAGAUUUUUCCCCCUGCCUGCGUGGUAGGUUUGCGGCGUGAUCGUGAAGUAGUUGAAAAGCAAAAGAUAAGAAGUGCCGCCUUUAUUUGAAUUUGAUGGAGGUCGUACCUUCUGCAGUCUAUACUUCACUCAUUUGCCAAGAACAGACGGCGCCUUGAGGAUGUUGUUCCGUGCAUACGUUUAUACAUAUCACUGUACACAACUGGUUUGAAGAAGCUCUUGUAGAACGAUGAACGCUACUUCUCGUUUUUGGUGGCGCUUUGUAUCAGUGUUCCGU